CUCAUGUCGCCUAGAUUAGUUGUGAAUAAAGUUCUCAGUAAGAGAUUCGGAAGCAACAACUUUGUCGCCGAUUUACCCAUCUUAGCAGCAACAUCGCUAGACAUGCCAAGCUUUAAUCACCAGGCCUCUUUGAGCGAUACUAUCUUCAGUCAUCAUAAAGAGACACAAAACUUCAAAGUUUUUGUUAGUACAUGGAACGUCGGUGGGGUUGCUCCAAAUGAAGAUUUGGAUAUGGAGGAUUGGCUUGAUGCAGGAAAUGACUCGUGUGACAUUUAUGUUUUAGGGUUCCAGGAACUUGUACCUCUACGAGCAUUGAAUGUUCUAGGACCUGAGAAUAAUAAGAUGUUCAAGAAAUGGAAUUCCCUGAUUAGAAAAGCUCUAAACAAAAAAUCACUGCACAGUCUCUCGCCGAUCAUAGAAGGAAAAUCAAAUGAAAACAACAUUCCUCAUGAGGAAUAUCGAUGUAUAAUAAGCAAGCAGAUGGUUGGAAUUUGUAUAUGGGUUUGGAUUCGAAGCGAUCUCCGCCCCUACAUCCGCCAUCCAAGUGUCUCGUGUGUUGGCUGUGGCAUCAUGGGCUGCCUAGGCAAUAAGGGUUCGGUGUCGGUUAGAUUUCACUUACACGAAACAAGCUUCUGCUUUGUAUGCAGUCAUUUAGCUUCAGGGGGACGAGAGGGGGAUGAGAAAUACAGAAAUUCUGACGUUGCUGAAAUAUUAUCUAGAACAACCUUCCCUAAGGGAGGCCCUUCUCUAAAUCUGCCGCAAAAUAUUCUAGAUCACGAUCAGGUAAUUUUGCUCGGAGAUUUAAAUUAUAGAAUCUCCCUACCCGAAGAAACAACUCGAUUAUUGGUGGAAAGAGGAGAAUGGAAUGCAUUGCUAGAAAAUGAUCAGCUAAGAAUGGAGCUGAUGAAUGGACAAAUAUUCCAAGGUUGGAAUGAGGGAAAAAUCAAAUUCGCUCCCACUUAUAAAUAUUGUCCAAAUUCUGAUGUUUACUAUGGAUGUGCUCAAGGCAAAAAAAGAAAAAAAUGGCGUGCACCCGCAUGGUGUGAUCGAAUUAUUUGGAAUGGAAAGGGAUUAAAGCAACGUCAAUAUGUUAGAGGAGAAGCAAAAUUAUCCGAUCACCGUCCGGUGAAGGCUAUCUUCUCAGCAGAAGUUAACAUUUUACGUACGUUAAAAGGUAUUCAAAGCUACUUCAUGUCGGAGAGAUUCGAGAGAAUUACAAACCACUUUGAGAUAUCAUUAAGCGAUGAUAAUUUUCAAUGUCCAGGAAGAGCUUCAAGCUUUGAUAUCAGAGGAUGA